AUGGCUCUUUCGUUCCAGUUCACCCUGUCGCAGACCCCCGAGGCCCUCACGGCCUGCGUGCGGGUCCCGGCGGGCGUGCCACCCCGGUCGCUCGAGGUGACGGUCACCGACCUGUGCAUCACGAUCUCUGCGCCGGAGCGCUACGUCUCCAACAUAGACCUCUACGACGCCGUCCAGCUGGAGAACGCGCGCUGCAAGUUCAGCGGCGGAUGCCUCGUGGUCCACCUCCUGAAGAAGACCCCGGGCACGUGGGCUGCGCUGGAGUUCGACGGGAGCCCCGAGGAGGCCGCGAGGCGCCGCGAGGAGUCCUAUGCGCGGUAUGAUGCAUACGUCCGGGAGCAGGCCAGGAGGGAGGCAGAGGCCGCGGCGGCCGAGAAGCGCAGGCAGGUCGACGCGGACAUCGAGGCCCGCCAGCGGCAGGCCGGCGAGGAGCGGAGGAUGCGCGAGCAGCAGGUCUCGGCUCUGCGGCGGCAGGUGGAGGAGGCCCCGGACGAGGCGCCGAGGCCCCCCGCCGACCCCGAGGCCCGGAUGCCUGCGGUGCGCACGGAGAGCACGGUGGUCAUCGAGGCGUCCUUCACGAGGCGCACGGUCGCCGUCCCCGCGCGCGACGGGCGGGACAUCUACGCAGACGGGCAGCUGGGGCCGGUCGCAGGGGCUGCCCAGCAUCCGCCCCCCGGCGAGGCCGACGUGAAGGCCGGCGAGCACCGGCGCCGCCUUACCCCGUACGAGCUCCUCGACCAGGCGAAGAGGCUCGCCACGCGGGGCGUCGGGGCAGACCUCCCGGCCGCCAUGGAGCUCGCGGGCCAGGCGAGGGAGCAGCUUCCCCUGAGCAUGGACGCCGUCGUCCUCUACGCCUCCCUCUCCCUGCGCGAGGGGCGCUACGAGCAGGCCCUCGAGGCGACGGACGCGGGCCUCACGGUUCUGGGCGGAAGGCACCCGCUGCAGCAGAGCAGGGAGCCCCCGGUCUACAGCAGGGAGCUCCGGAGCGCCGUCCACGCGCUGAGGGGGGCAGCCCUGGCGCAGGCGAAGCGGGUGCGCGAGGCCCUGGCCCACACCGAGGCUGCGCUCGAGCUCACCCCCGACAACGAGGGGCUCGCCCACGACGCCCGCCUGCUCCGGGAGAUCGUCGCCCAGGUGCUCGCGUAG